UCCCUUCCACGCCUCUUCUUCAAAACACACCCACCAACUCCACUUUUCUCUCUCUUCAAACCCUUCUAAAACCCUCCCCCCUUUUCACUAACUACUUGCACAACCCCGUAAACAAUGGCGAUUGCUUUAUUGCGCAAACAAAGUAUUGGCAAUUUCGGUCAUUUUUACUCUAAACAAAUUCAACAUUACCAUUUUUACAACAGUUCCAAACAAAUUGCUUCACAAAAUACUCAUAAUCAGUUGCAACAACUACUGCAACAACAGCAGUAUGUCAAGUAUUACUCCAGAUUUUCCAAUUUUUUUCGAAAAUCGGGGAAAGAAUUUGAGGUUCCGGCACCGCCGUUUUUGUUUGGGGCGUCGAUUUCUUCAUCAACUGCAUCAAAGAAAUCGUCUUUUUUUUCGAGGAUUGGCUUUGUUCGGUGGUAUUUAGGGAUGAUUAAAUCUCGCCCUGUUCUUACUAAAAGUGUUACUUCUUCUCUUAUUUACAUUGCCGCUGACUUAACUUCUCAGAGUAUCGCAUUGCAAUCUUCUGAGCCGUAUGACUUGAUUAGAACGCUACGCAUGGCUGGAUAUGGGGGGUUGAUUUUAGGACCAACGUUGCAUUAUUGGUUCAAUUUUAUAUCAAAAAUCCUUCCAGGAAGGGGUAUAUUGACAACAGUGAAGAAAAUGGUUUUGGGGCAGACAGUUUAUGGACCAACUAUGACCAUCGUUUUCUUCUCAAUGAAUGCUGCUUUGCAAGGUGAAGAUACCAUGGAAAUUGUUGCGAGAUUGAAGCGGGAUUUACUCCCAACAAUGUUUAAUGGUGUCAUGUACUGGCCAAUAUGUGAUUUUAUCACAUUCAGAUUUGUUCCUGUCCACUUACAGCCGCUAGUAAGCAAUUCAUUUUCAUAUUUAUGGACUGUUUAUAUGACAUACAUGGCAAGUCUGGAAAAACCAAGCGUGGCUUGAUGAUGCAAUUUUCGUUUCAUUCAAGAGCUGGAUAACUUUCUGGAACACAUUCAUCAACUAUUCGUCUCUUAAAGCAACUAAACCAGCCUCCUUACCUGUUCAGUAGAAGCGCAAUUGUCUGGUUAAGAUUGUAAUAUAUUUCAGAAUCAAUAUACAAGUCAAUUUUCCUAAUCUAUGCAGUUUUGUUAUCUUAUAAUACUCCGUAUGUAAAGUUUUAGUUAGGUGGUGAAGGGAUGUUGGUUGCGUGGCGUUUUGGCAAUUUGUUUAGCCACUGAUAUUCUUUGAGGGGUAUUACCGUAAGCCUGUAAUCCAUCAAAUCCAGAUUUUGUAGUCAUUUCCUCCAUAUAUUCAAAUGGAUUUUGUGAUUUUGGUA